GGAAACGCUGUAGGAGGGAAAGUGUAUAACUGAGUCAGACAACCAAGUGACAGGUUCUUGUAAAUAUUUAGGCUUUGUUACAAUGUAAGUUUUAUCGGAUUUUUCACCUUUUAAAGAUUAUAUUGUGCAUCAUGUCUGACUCAGAAGACGAAGCACCAGAUAAGCAGCUGAAAAUCAUCAUUAUGGGAGAUGGCGCUUCAGGAAAGACAUCCCUGGCAACUCGCUAUUCCCAGGAGCAGUUUGGUCGGAAUUACAAGCAGACCAUUGGUCUGGAUUUCUUCCUGAAGAGGAUUGUUUUACCUGGAAAUAUUCACGUGGCACUACAAGUAUGGGAUAUUGGUGGACAAACACUGGGAGGAAAGAUGCUGGAAACCUACGUGUUUGGAUCAAAUGGAAUAUUGCUUGUGUAUGACAUUACCAACCUCGCUAGCUUUGAGAAUGUUGAAGACUGGUAUAACUGUGCAAAAAAAGUAUUUGGGAAGGACACCAAGAUGCCUCAUUUAGCCUUAGUAGGCAAUAAAAUUGAUCUGGAGCACAUGAGGACAGUGAAAAUGGACAAACAUCAAAAGUUUGCUCAGGAAAGAGGCAUGUCUAGUCAUUUUGUAUCAGCAAAGACUGGGGACAAUGUCAGUUUAUGUUUUCAAAGAGUAGCAGCAGAAAUUCUGGGGAUCAGAUUGACGAAACCUGAAGUAGAACAACAUCAGCGUGUUGUCAAGGCUGAAAUUAUUGACUCAAAAUACGAAGCAGCUGCCAAACCUGUUCCCAUGACACCGAAGAGCUCGCUAUGCAGUAUACAAUAGUGUGUCAGACUAAGACAGGGGCAGUAACUCUUAUAUUCCCCUCUUAUCAGAAUCUCUUACAAUGAACUAUGGGGUCUUCCUCUAUCUCAGUGAAUGGAAUGAAGAAAAGCACCAUUUUCUGGUUUUUGAUACAGUAUUUCAUAUCUUAACAUUGUUUUUAUGUUAUUUGGUUGGUAACUAUCUUGUACUUGACAGAGGUGAAAAAUACUCUGAUCAUUCUUGGUAAGGUACAUGUAUGUUAAUUAAAGCAAUAUUAGCUGUCAUUUUGGUGUUGGAAAUUUUCAUUUUAAAAUUGUGAUUUACUAUUUAAAUACAGAAAAAAUAAUAGUAAAGGUUUUUUAACUUUUUUUUUUUAUCAAUGUUUAUGUUAGAAAUCCUAUUCAGAGGCUGUAAUUGAAGCAAAAUUACAUUAAUGUCUUCCCAAACAAAAUUGAUUUUUCUGUAAUAUAUAUAUUUUAUAGAACUUUAAUCUUUAUUUUGAUAAAAUCUUAGUCAGACUUUAAAUUUUAUUAAUGAUUAUGGUUAAAGUUACAUACAAAACCAUCAUAAUACACUGUAACACAUUUUUACAACAAAAUAAAUUUCAGAUUUAGAGCUAAUAUUGCUUUAUAGAAAUAGAAGUUACAAAUGUUAGAUAUGAUAUUAUGAGAAGAUACGAAAAUUAGUCAUGAAAUUUUAGAUUAUGGGCUAUUGAUUUGGGGGGGGGGGGGGGGGGGGGGGAGGGAGUAUGUGUAUUUCCUUCUCUUUUUUCUUUUUUUUUUAAAAAGUCAUUGCUCUAAAGUUAUUACAGCUGUUUAUCUUGAUAGAAACAUUCAGUUUAUUUUAUUUUUAAACAUUGAUUUUAUACUUUAUAGCAUAAUACAAUACAAUGAAUUAUGCUGAUCUAAUAUAAGGGGAGUGAAACAGUGUUAGAUAGUAGUUUAAUGAAUUCUACCAAAACAUUUUCGGCAGGAUGAUAGUUAAAACUUUGAGAGAAAAAAAAAAAGUAUGUGGCAAAUGAAUGUAGCAAUUGUCUACUGAUGUCAAAAUAGUUAAACUAUUCAUAUUGCAGGUUGUUUAGGUUCUGGACCUAUGUGUCAGUGAUUGAAGUUGUGAUUUUCCCAUGUAAUGAAAUAGAUCAUUUCAUGCAUUUGUACUUGUUCUUAGUCUAUCAAAGUCAUAAUCUACGAUAGUGUUCUCAUCAGUAAGUAUGAAAUGGUGAAUGAAAACUUUGAAUAUUUACCAAAUUACCUUAUAAUGUUUUAAUUUUGUUUAAAGAAAUGCCAAGUAUCUCUUUUGUUGGAUUAUAGAAAUUGGUCGUGUGCACUUCUUCCUUGGAAGAUAGGGCUAUACCUACAUAUUAUCAUAAAUUGUAGAUUUUCUUUUUUAUUGGGUCAUAUUAGAAGGUGAAAUGAAUUCAGUGUGAAACAGGUACAUGUACAUGACAAAACAAUAUUUGUUGGUGUACGAAGAAAACAUUUUAAAUCAUGACAAGAUGUGGAGCUUGUUAAGUAAAUGAAGGCUAUACAGACACUUAAAUUUGCUUGAGAGAAGAUACUUUCACUUGUAUGUUAUUUUAAAUGGCCUGAUGCUAAGUGCUUUGAUCUGAAGAAUUCUUCAUCAGUAGAUACACUGUAACACAUAUGUAUGUAUAAUGUUAUUGUACCAAAACUGAGAUGCACCUGUGUUUGAAUGUACAAAGUUUUAAAAAUUGAUGUGUUUUGAUAUACAUGAUUGUUAAACGUUAGUAACAGGCUAUGAGGCUGGAGUAUUUUUCUUGAAAAAAAGAAAGAAUAUUGUUAUACAAUUGACUGUCAUUCUGUUUUGGGGGUUGUUAUUAAUACCAUUAUAUAUUCAUAUGUAUAUUUUACGUGGUUGAAUUUUGAAUCCAAUUUCAAUUAUACAUAUGUACAUGUAUAUGUUUCAUGAAUGUUUGGCUUCAUUGACUUAUAUGUUCAUUUUUGUCAGGGCUGCAAAGUGAUUGUUACUUAUGAAAUUGCAAUGUCUCUUUGUCUUGAAUUCUGUGUGUUAUAACUUAUAUUUUGGACAGUUCAGUUUCUGUGGAUAUCACAUACAGAUUUCAACAGUUUACAAAAGUAGAUGUCAAAAAUAGGGAGUGUGAACUCCUGUGAGCUUUAGAUAGCUGACCUUAAGACAGGAAAGUAGGAUUUGAGCUUUAGAUAGCUGACCUUAAGACAAGGAAGUAGGAUUUGAGCUUUAGUUAGCUGACCUUAAGACAGGGAAGUAGGAUUUGAGCUUUAGAUAGCUGACCUUAAGACAGGGAAGGAGGAUUUGAUCUUUAGAUAGCUGACCGUAAGACAGGGAAGUAGGAUUUGAUGUUUAGUUUCUGUCUAAUUUUGCAAUAGACAGUGGCAGACUGAUUCCUGUAAGAGCUAAUUGUAUUUAUGUAAUGCACCUCUUCCGCAUGACUUUGAACUUUAACCUUUAGACAUGAAUUUAGUACUGAGUAGUAUUGAUUGCUCAAUGGUAAAUUCAAGUUGUGUAUAAAGUGCUUUACCCCUCUAUAAAGUUUCUUAACCAGCUUCAGAUAUGAUUGUGCAGUUGCAUGUAUACAAAGAUUGCACAGAUGAGCUGCUGAUGUUGAAACGCUAUUUCUUUGCAAUCUGUUUAUACGAUAUGUACCUCCAAUCAUUCAUGGCUUUUUAAUUCUAUGAUUUAUCAGAUGUGCAUUUUACAGGACAAUGUAUAGAUUUAAAAACAUAUACAUGUAUAUAUACAGUGGGAUAGCAAUAUGAUUUGCUGCAUGACUGUAGAGAAAUUGAGAUAUCGAGUGCAUAUCAUUGAAUUAAAGGGUACGCGGAUAACAGUAUUCAACUUUUCUCAAUCAACAUUUUUAGGGAGGCUGAUCUUGCUCAUUGAUAUCCAUUAUUCUACCAGAUCAUCCAUGUUUAAUCAGUACUUUACAUAUUUUUAAACUGAAUUGAAGAUUUAAUAGCAAUACACACACAUGUAGCAGUGUUUAUCACGACACUUCAGUUCAGUAUGCUGUUUGUAUGCAUUUAUGUUGGAUUACCUCUUUUAUUUUAUUGCAUAUCUUUUGUUGUAUCCAGCUGUUGAUUUUUUUCAUUCUCUAGUUUAGUGAAUUUCUGUACAGAUUAUUACGUGCCUUCAUUUCAGUUUGUAAGGACUGAGCACACACUUUCAAAACAGGUUAAAAAGGUUAGGUAGACUUCAAAAAUCAGUACGGUACAUAUAAGAUGGAUCCUCUGCACUCUGUCAGAGAGGUCCUUCUCUUGGUGGUGCCUGUCAUUCGGAUUCAGCACCACCCAUCCAUCAUUAUGAAGUGUUUCACCUUAAAGAAAAUACACACAGAUACCCCCAAUGGUGAAAAUACACACAGAGAUAUCCCUAAUGGUGAAAAUACACACAGAGAUACCCCUAAUGGUGAAAAUACACACAGAAAUACCCCUAAUGGUGAAAAUACACACAGAGAUACCCCUAAUGGUGAAAAUUUUUAAGAAAAAACUGUUAAUGAAUUGGUUGUGAGUAGUUUUACUUUACAUUCGUUUUAUUUUUUUUUACAUUGGGUUUAUUUUAGUUGCUUUUUAUAUAUUGAUUUUUUUUUCUGUGAAUUGGAGGCACUUUCUAAUUACCUCAGUUUGUGGGCACGUUGGAUGUGCACAUUGAAUGUGCAGAUGCAUUAAUCUUGUAAGUAUCCAGCCAUAAUUUCUAUAUACUGGGUUUUUUUUUUGGUUGGAAUUCAAUGUUAAUUUGAUUUAAAUUAUGGAGACUGGUACACAUACUAUGGGGGCAUUUUUAACAUUCGGUUUCUGUACUGAAAUUUUGCAAUGAAGUGUUAAGAUGUUUUUAUUUAAGUCUCACCUUGUUAGAGAUUUUUGAAAUUACAAGCAGGUUAUGUAAAAAUUGCUCUGUUUUCUGGAGAUAUUAAAUCAAGCACUAUGCCAGGUGAAUGUUGUACUCAAAUAAAAUGUUGAAUUUUG